CGUCGCGCGGCAACGUUGGGAGCCGGCGGAAAUGGGGCUCGUGUCCCGAGGCACCGCCACAACGGGGCUGGCACUGCGGCUGCUGUCGUCCGCUCUGGCCCGCCCAACGCCAUCCCCAACCUCAUCCCGCACCCACCGCCCGAGGGCACGGCUCUCGGGAGCAGCCGUGUCCCCAGCAUGGUGCUGAAGGCUUUCUUCCCCACGUGCUGCGCCUCAGCAGACAGCGGCCUCCUGGUUGGACGCUGGGUCCCCGAGCAGAACAGUGCUGUGGUCCUGGCCGUGGUGCACUUUCCCUUCAUCCCCAUCCAGGUCAAGGAGCUCUUGGCCCAGGUGCAGCAGGCCAGCGGAGUAGGCGUGGCUGUGCUGGGCACCUGGUGCCACCGUCGGCAGGAGCCCGAGGAGAGCCUGGGCCAUUUCUUGGAAGGCCUGGGCGCCAUCUUCUCCCACGAGCCCUGGCUCCAGCUGUGCCGGGAGCGGGACAGCAAGUUCUGGAGCUGCAAGGCCACCCACCGGCAGGUGCCUACCUCCCCUAGUGCCCCCGGCGAAGACCAAGUCAUGCUCAUCUUCUAUGAUCAGCGCAAGGUGCUGCUGUCCCAGCUGCACCCGCCCACAGCCCUGCCUGACCACCAGGCUGGGGAUGCCACGGCCAGCACUAGGGGCCUGGCUGCUGUCUUUGACACAGUGGCACGAAGCGAGGCACUCUUCCGAAGUGACCGGUUUGAUGAGGGCCUCGUGCGGCUGAGCCACUGGCAGUCAGAGGGAGUGGAGGCCAGCAUUCUCGUGGAGCUGGCCAAGCAGGCCUCGGGGCCCGUCUGCCUGCUGAUGGCCUACCUGCUGUCACUCAUCUCAGCUGCCAGCACCUGUCGGGUAUUCAAGCUGUGGCCACUGUCCUUCAUCUGCAGCAAGCUCUCCACGUGUGAGCAGCUCAGGCAUCGGCUGGAGCAGCUCACGUUCAUCUUCAGCACCCAGAAGGCCGAGAAUGCCUCCCAGCUGAUGAGGAAGGCCAACAUGCUUGUCUCCGUGCUCCUUGACGUGGCCCUAGGCCUCACGCUGUUGUCCUGGCUCCACGGGAAGGACCGCAUUGGGCAGCUGGCCGAAGCCCUUGUUCCCGUGGCUGAUAAGAUGGCAGUCCAGACACCUGGAGAAGGGGAUCCGGGUUACCUCUGCCUGCCCAGACGGGCCGGCCCAGUUUGUGAACAGCAUGCCCCUGUGUCCUCACAGUGGGUGGCCGAGGAGCUGCAGCACCUGCUGCAGUGGCUGAUGGGCGCACCUGCUGGGCUCAAGAUGAACCGGGCACUGGACCAGGUGCUGGGCCGCUUCUUCCUGUACCACAUCCACCUAUGGAUCAGCUACAUCCACCUCAUGUCCCCAUUCAUCGAGCGAAUCCUGUGGCACAUGGGCCUCUCAGCCUGCCUGGGCCUGACAGUUGCCCUGUCCAUCCUGUCGGACAUCAUCGCCCUCCUCACCUUCCACAUCUACUGCUUCUAUGUCUAUGGUGCCAGGCUGUACUGCCUGAAGAUCUGUGGCCUUUCCUCACUCUGGCGCCUGUUCCGAGGGAAGAAGUGGAAUGUUCUGCGCCAGCGGGUGGACUCCUGCUCCUAUGACCUGGACCAGCUGUUCAUUGGGACUUUGCUGUUCACCAUCCUGGUCUUCCUGCUCCCCACCACGGCCCUGUACUACCUGGUGUUCACCCUGCUCCGGCUCCUGGUGGUCACUGUGCAGGGUCUGAUUCAUCUGCUCGUGGACCUUAUCAACUCCCUGCCGCUGUAUGCGCUCGGCCUGCGGCUCUGCCGGCCCUACAGACUCUCAGCUGGUGUGAAGUUUCAAGUCCUGGAGCAUGAGGCUGGCAGACCCCUCCGCCUCCUGAUGCAGAUCAACCCCCUGCCCUACAAUCGUGUGGUACACACCUACCGCCUCCCCAGCUGUGGCUGCCACCCCAAACACUCCUGGGGCUCCUUGUGCCGCAAGCUGUUCUUCGGGGAGCUCAUCUACCCCUGGAGGCAGAGAGGGGACAAGCAGGACUGAGGUACCCGGCCACCAGCCUGCCCAGCACCAUUGCGCGACAUGGUCAGCCCUCAACCCUGCCAGGGUGAUGUUGACUGUCAGGUAGCAUGUGGCCCUGCACUCUACCCUCCCUGCCCCCUGUUCAUCUGGGACCUCUGCAGGCCCCACCGGGCCGGGCCUGUCACAUAUCCUCCCAACUAUGAGGUUGAAUUUGAGGUCAUAGGGGUGGCCAGCCUGGUCAGCUGGCCUGUGCUCCAAAAUGAGCUCUGUUUGCCUCAGGACGCACUUCCAAUCUGUUGUGAUGGCACUGUUAGCCCAAUGCCCUUCGCCCCCCAGGUCUACCCAGGAGCCCCACCCCCCUGACUCUCCUCAGACCCAGACCCUGUCCAGGAGGGAUUUGCAGAGUCCCACCUCUGCCCACCAUUUCCUUUCUCAGUGGGGUGAGCUGACAGGUCUGGCUGCUCCCUGGUGGUCCAACUCUGGCCUGGGUGGAGGGGCUCCUCCCAGGUUGCACUCAACACUUCCUGAGACUUUGACCCCCCAAGCAUCUCCUUCCUUGGAGUGGCCAGUAUGGGGGAUCCAAGCAACCACUCCUGGCCCAAACCAACAGCCCCAAUGAGGCAGGACCCCCCAGGAAGCUGGAUGGCAGUGCUCCUCAUGCUCUAAAUUGCACAGUGUUACUUGUGAUGCUCCCUGGGGAGAUUGCUUUGCAGGAGGAGCCAACCACAUGCCUUUGAGAAUCCCUGUGUGAAGCCAGGCCAUAUGGGGUGCUCGGAGCUGCCUUACUAGAAGCUGAGUGCCCCCCCAGCCGAUGCCCUGUUCCUGCCACAUGCCUGCCCUGUGUCCCAGCAGGAGCAGCCCCUUUGGCUAAAUCUUCCAUCUCCCCUCACUGGCUUCUUGCAGAAGCAGGCAGCUCCUGGGCAGAUGCUUCUGUAGCCCCUGGGGAGGGGUCCUGGCACUCAGGCUGCAUCUGCCUGCUGGCUGGCUGGCUACAGAAUCUGUGUGGGUGUGAGCCACAGGAUCCCCACCGUGAGGAAACCUGAAGAUACGGCAUCACACGCGUGCCAUAGUCAGGGGGUAGGGGUGGGGGCAGUACUUCCUGUCCAUUGUGGGCACUCAGAACGUCCACUUCUGCCACCCACACUCCUUGGGUACCGAUCACAGUGGGGGCCCCUAUGGAAGUCCUCACCAGCCCAGCAUCUGCUGGGAUAGAUCCUGGCUCAGUCUUUCUCUGAUGUGACAUUAAAGAUUCAUGUGUUUGAGUGUGA